UAGAAGUCAACAUUGUCUUGUACAUGUUUUACAUCGGUUCCUAACAUUGUUGAGGCUUAAGGGGCAUGUACUUGCUGUUACCUUGUUAAACCUUUAUUCGCCAGCUGUGACUGAGAUUGGUUUUAAACAGACGUGCAGAAUAUUCCAAAUUAGCCAGAAGGCUGCGAUCAUAGCCCUAUCCUGCAGUUGAAAUGCUUUCUGUUGAGAAUACAAAUGAAAGCAAAAAUGCUUCUUAUAAGAAAAGACAAAGAGAUAAAUCUCCAGAACAAGAUCAAAACUUGAGAGAGGAGGAGGAACUGAGAGCCAAACAUUUAAAGGCUUUGGCAGACAAACCAGAGACAGAAAUGAUUUUAGAAGAAUUCAUUUUUGGGGGUGAAGAUGAACUUGUGGAAAGGCUUAUUGGUCAUUCAAAGGCAAGGCAUACUGUAAGUGGAGAUCUUCUAGAGAGCGACUCAGAAGAAGAGACAAGUAAGAAUGCAGCACCUUUGGCAAGGAAACCAGCUUGGGUGGAUGAAGAAGACGAGGAUGAAGAAAAUGUUGAGAUGACUCACCGAUAUCGCAAAGAUAUGAUGAAAAGUAAAUCUGAAAAGAUUCUUACCAAGGAAAAGCUUCAAACUAGGCUGCAAGAACAGUUUCAGAAAGCUAUGGGAGGAGUGCCUUCCUGGGCUUGCCAAGACCGUAAGAAGAGGCGAUCAAAAGAAGACGAGGACAGUGAAGAAGAAAAUGAAGAUAACUUGCUGAGUAAGACUGGUAAUUUACUGGCCCAAUCAAGUUACCUUCCUAAAGGUAUUAUUCAGAUAAGACAAUGCUUGAAUGCAAACAAUGAAAGGAUGACUCCGGUACCGCUAACAACUGUCCAGUUUCACCCAUUGGCACAAGUUGUCAUGACUGCAGGAUUUGACCGUUCAGUAUCAUUAUUCCAGGUUGAUGGAAAGCGCAAUCAGAAGAUCCAAAGCAUUCAUUUGGAAAAGUUCCCCAUUUACAAAGCACAGUUUAGUGCUGAUGGCGAACAGGUUAUAGCUACAGGACUUCGAAGUAAAAUGUUUUACAUAUACGACAUGAUGGGAGGAAACAUUAUUCCUGUGCCCAGGAUUAGAGGCCUCGAAGAGAAAGCCAUUCAGCAAUUUGAAGUAUCUCCAGAUGGCUCUAUUCUCCUGCUAAACGGAUCAGCAGGGUACUUACAUUUACUGUCUAUGAAGACAAAGGAGCUUAUAGGAAGUAUGAAAAUGAAUGGGAAGUCUGUGAAAGCUGUUUUUUCUUCAGAUAGCAGCAAAUUGUUUUCAAAUUCAGAUGAUGGAUUUGUGUAUGUUUGGGAUGUGAAAAGUAGGAGAUGUCUGAACAAGUUUACUGAUGAUGGCAGUAUAUGUGGCACAUCAAUCGCUUUGUCUAGAGAUGGGCGAUAUGUAUCAUGUGGGUCAAACUCUGGUGUUGUUAAUGUAUACAACCAUGAAGACUGCUUGCAGCAAACAAACCCCAAGCCACUGAAAGCUCUAAUGAACCUGGUGACAACGGCUUCAUCGCUAAUUUUCAAUCCACAAACUGAACUUUUGGCAGUGGCCUCCAAUAAGACUGAUGAUGCUGUAAAACUGGUGCAUAUUCCUUCCUUUAGUGUUUUCUCAAACUUUCCAGUACAACAUAAAAAAUCCAUUCAUCUGCCCCGUGCAAUGGACUUCUCACCACGGAGUGGCUACUUUUCUAUAGCCAACAACAAAGGCGAAGCUUUAUUGUACAGGUUGAAACAUUAUUCUGAUUUCUAAAACAGAAUAUUUAAAGGGUCAUGAGCAUGAAGAUACCUGCUUGGACAGAAAUUUCAUAUGGAGCUAGUGUGAACUUCUUUGAAUAUACCAUGUAUAUUGAGCAUUUAACUGUAAUGUUUUAUACACUUGUUAACAAGAAGAAAUAAUUAAAUAGGUCUUUGUUCUA